ACCCCAAAAACAAAAUAUAAAAUAGCCCAACGCGAAGGACCUCCGUGCGUACGCAAAUUCCGUGUGUGUUGCAAGGAGUUGAAUUUAAUUUUCUACAUAAACCCAACAAAAAAACAAAUCAAAUAAAAGAAAAAUGAGCAAAUUCGCGUGGGUGACGCUGACCACAAAUGAUACGUACUCGCUGGGCGCUCUGGUGCUGGCGCAUUCGCUGCGUCGCGCCGGCACUGCCCACCAGCUGGCCGUGCUGGUGACGCCCAGUGUCUCGGAGGCGAUGCGCAACAAAUUGAAGGACGUGUACAAUGUUGUACAAGAGGUUAAUGUGCUCGACUCCCAGGACGCUGCCAAUCUGGCGCUCCUCUCCAGACCAGAGCUGGGCGUCACGUUCACAAAGCUCCACUGCUGGCGUCUGGUACAGUUCGAGAAGUGUGUCUUCCUCGACGCCGACACCUUGGUACUGCAAAACUGCGACGAGCUGUUUGAGCGCGAGGAACUCUCUGCCGCGCCAGACGUUAGCUGGCCAGAUUGCUUCAACUCUGGCGUGUUUGUGUUCAGACCCAGCGUGGACACCUUUGGCAAAAUCACAGAAUUCGCCGUGCAGCACGGCAGCUUCGAUGGCGGCGAUCAGGGCCUCCUGAAUCAGUACUUUGCCGACUGGGCGACAGCCGACAUCAAGAAGCAUUUGCCAUUUGUUUACAAUGUGACAGCCUAUGCUUCCUACUGUUACUUGCCCGCAUUCAAACAGUUCAGAGAUAACAUUAAGAUUUUGCAUUUCGCUGGCAAACUGAAGCCCUGGCUGAUACAGUUCAAUUCUGAGACCAAGUCCGCCUCCACGCCCUCCGAAUACGCACAUGCCCACGACCUCAUACAGCUCUGGUGGAAUAUCUUCUGUGAUAAUGUGCAUGAGCGCCUGACUGACGAAAUGUGCCUUCGUCUAAAAAUCACGCAUCGAUCCAGAAACCACGAGCAUAGACAUGACGUGAAUCAGAAUCAGAAUCAAUAUCGGCAUCAGCAUCAGCACCAACACGAUCAGCGACAGCAACAGAAACACCAACAACAGCAACAACAACAACAGAACGUCAUACAUGUUAAAGAAUUUCGCGAUCCUUGGGCAGAUUACUAUGAGAAGCAAUCAAAGGAGCCCGAGCCGGCAGCAAAUGUGCAUGAACAUGCAAGUGAAAAUGUCGAGGAUAAGAGUUCAUAUGCGGAGGCGUAUGAAAAUAAAAAUCCCGACAAUUCAGAUGAAGUGAAGCAGAAGCAGGCUAGAGAGAGCCAGAGUGGCGAUAGUCCCAGCCUUAAACCGACACCCACUUCCCCAAGAAUCUCUGUGGAAGACUCAAUAGCUGUACAUAGAACCGAACACAAGUCUCCAUCCGAACACAACCCGCAUGUCCAUCGAGUGCGUAAGCGUCCAGUGCAUUCUCAUGAAGCAAGCCCAAUUGUUCACCACACCAGAACCGACGAAGCUGCCAAGGCCAAGGCAAGAAUUUUGGCCCAAGCACAGGCCCUGGACCAAGCCUCGGCCCAAGCCAGAGCCCAAGCCCAAGCCAAAGCCCAAGUCAAGCACGUAGCUAAGACGCAUGAGGCUGGACUUGCUGGUGCCUUAUCGCAGCUGCGUCUUGGGGCACAACGCACCCCCGAACAGGAGCAGUACGAGAAUCUGAUGCGUCGUCAGUGCUGGGAGAGUGGACAGAUAGACUAUGCUGGCCGCGACUCCUUCGACAAUAUCUGGAAGAAAAUAACGCAGACUUUGGACGCGAAACCGGCCAAGGAGGCUGACAAAACUGGUAGUUCAUAAAAGCAAAGCAAACUGUUCGUCAAUUCUCGUCAUUUUGUUUUGUUUUACGUUCACUCAGAAGAUUAUUAGCCGAGGCACAAGGGAGACAAUAAAGUUACACACGCACAUGAGGUACACACACACUCACACUAACAUUCACACACUCACACACACGCACACUCGUACAGAGCAGUGAAUGAGAUGAAAUAUGGCGGCGUGCCAAGGCAAAUUGUCAAAUUGGCUUUUCUCCGAGUGUUUGACACAAUCAGAAUGAACCGAACUGCACAUGGCCACUUGCCAUUUCUACACUCACACACACACACGUACAUAAACACGGCCAAAGUAAGAGCAGUUGGCCCAAACUGAAAGAAGGAAAAAACGAAAGAAGCAGAAAAGGCACAGCAAUUUUAAUUAAGUUUUCAAAUUUAACUUUUUGCACUUCCGGUGCCGUCUGUCGUCUGCACUCACACACACACACACACACACACAUUUGCAUAUGCAUAUAGAGAAACACUCAUGGUAACACACUCGUCGUGCCACACACAAACUUUUCCACUUCAUUGUGUUUUAAUUGAAAAUUUUGUACUUUUGCCCUUUGUGUUUACCGAUUUCUGGCAUUGACUUUUUACCUCAUCUGCAUAAACAUUCGCCCACAACUAACACCACACACUCCCCCCACACCCACCUCACCACACAACCCCAAAAGCUACAUACCUUAAAAAUGGAGCAAUGUGUAUAUAUAAAAUAAACUGGUCAUAAUAAUAAAAAAAAAAAUAAACUUGCGAGCAUUUUGUGCCAUUUUUGUUGCAGCGUUUGCAUGUUUGGCUAAGUGUGUCUAUAUAUAUAUAUAUAUACUUAUAUAUAUCUACAAGUAUGUGCGUGUGUGCGUGUGUGGGAGCCACAGAGUGUGUAAAGAUGUGUGUAACCAUCUGCUAGUUGUGUACUCGUCUCAACCCACCAUCCAGCAUCCACCAUCCGAGUUGAACGUAAAUAUUUGUUUCACAGCAAACCUAUUUCACUUGUUAUAUUUAAUUUAAAAUAUUGUCCUAAUAUUUAUUCAAAAACAAUCAAAAGCGAUAUCUCGUUUACCAGAACACUGUU